AUGUCAAUGGAGGCAUUGAAUACACAUUUAGUCAACCAUUAUUGGUCCUCUGGUUAUGAAAAAGGAAUCAAUCAUGUUUUCAGUAUUUUAUGGGAGAACCACGCCAAUUUAGUCAAAUUGGAGAAGCUAUUAAAGGGUUACCAGUCUAAGCUGGUCUCUAGCAGAGUUGAUCUCUUGAACGAUUGGAUAAAUACAGCCGAACAAGAUUUAUUUGAUUUAAAUGGGACAUUCCCGGAUUCAAAGAAGAAAUCUGUCAAUGAUAUGCUCAAUUUGAUAAUCAAUAGAACAAUUGACGAGGCAGAUAAUGAGCUGGCCCUCUCUUCCCAGCUCACGAAUCAGAUCCUAAGUCCUACUCAACAGUACAUUGCAAAAUACAAGAACUUUCUCAAUUAUGUGGAGACCGAGCUGCAGAACUCCUUUAAUGAGUACGAUGACUGUUUGACGGAAACUCGGAACUUAAAGGACAAAUUGGUCAAGCACAUCUUGACCAUAUCAGAUCUGAGUACUAAUUCAUCAGACCAUGCAAUUAUUCCAACCAAUAUACAACAUUCCUUGGCAUCGUUUACAAGCAAAAUCUCCAACUUGAAUUUGAAGUCAAAAGCUAUGACCGAAAAAGAGCAGGAGAGAGAAAUCGAAUUAAGGGAAUCCUUGCAAAGACUGGCAGAAGACAAUUCUGACAAUAUCUCGUCGGAUUCUGAACCCUCUGAGGCAGAGGACAACUUAAAACAGUUCGAAGAUGAGCAUCCGGCCUAUGUUUUUUCCAAAGAUUUCCCAAUUGUGCUCUGUGAUAAGUUGUUGGGAUUCAACAGUAUCGAAGAGUUCAAAGGAUUUGCAAUAAAACUAGUGAAAGAAAUACCAUUGGAAAGAUCCAAGAUUCCAUUCAUGUCCUCUUAUAUCGAGAGUAUCAAGGGAACAGAUUUGAUUGACUGGAUGAUUUUGAACAUUGCUCCUCCAAGUUCCAGAGACGUUUCCAAGAGAGCAGGUGCUAUAUCAAGGUAUCAGGUUGAAAAGAUUUGCCAACGUUUAUUGGAUUUAGGAUUGAUAAAAUCUAAAAGUCUUCUACAGUUUUCUUCAUAUAAGUUUAGAUCAGACGAUGAUAGAGCCACGUUUGAAUGGACUGCAUUGAUGAAGGAUAUUCUAGAAUUUGACUCCAACCAAGUGGAAGAAAAAAAGCGAAGCUACAUUGAAGAGCGUUCAAAAGACCGAGCAGCCAGAAGGGAAAAAAGAAUACAGGCCAAAAGAGAGGCAAGACUUGCCAAAAGAUUAGCAAAAGAAAAAGAUUUGGCAAAGCUUUCUACUGCUACUACCCAACCCUCUCUCGCACCGACAAUUUCAAUUACACCUUCAGGUACCACAAAUACUAAACUGAACCAUUACCUAUUAACAUAUGAACCUCUCUAUCAGGACUUUGUUUUGGCCAAUCAACAUUUAAGCCAAGCUAGAGGACAACUAGAAACCAACAUAUCUCAUUUUUACAACGCAAUUGAAGAACAUGAGGUAGGAAGAGCCAAGUUUUUGUAUGAUGUGAUUAGCAAGUUUACAGAGAUUACCCAUAAUACCACAGUUAAAAAUGCCAGUAUAUCGGAACAAUCUUUGAAGGGCACUCAAGAUUAUGAUGAUUCCUCAACUGUGCAGGAAAUAAAUGACUUCCUAAAAGCUAAUAUCCCUUCAAACAAAACCUUCAAAACGAAACCGUCUUGGGUCAAGAACGCUAUCAAAAUUUCUAAGCCAUAUAUUGAAAAUGAACUUGGAGGCUAUCUGUCUGUGAAUCCAGUCGAUAAUCAGCUUUGGAAUACUGUCAAGGCAUACGAAUACAACAGCUCUUAUUUACAAGCAAGAUCUCAAUUUCACAAGACCAAGUCACUUUUGUUUGGAAGCGAAGUUUCGUCUCAGGUAACCAAUUCCAACGAGUCAGACUUGUCAACAAAGUCCGUUCCUUUGUUUCUUAUGAAAGUUUUAGAGAGAAUUUCAGCGUCCGGUUUUGAUAAAACUUUAUGGACUAAACCUUAUGAACUCAUUACGGCUACCCAACUCAGGAAUUUAUAUUACAUGAAUACACAUAACUGGGAAAUGUUAUUUAGUGAGGAAGAUAACAAGGUUAGCGUGGAUGAAUUUGUCAUGGAUCAAUUUAUUAAUAAACUGGAGGAGUUAUAUCCUGAUAAUGUGGCUAUCUGGAUCUUACUGCUCAAAUUGUGGUUGUUGGAGUUGAGUGACUCUCUAUUGGGCCAGUUUUCCUAUACCUCACUCGUUAAAUUAUUCUCUAAAGAAGAAUCGGCAUCAUCAGAUUUGAUGAAAGUUCUAGAACUGGAGUUGCCUCAAGCUAAUGCCGCAGCUACGUGGUACCUAUUCAAUUACCUAUCUGAUCGCAUCGAUGCUUCUACUCAAGACGAACUUGGCAAGCAGUUGAAUAACUCAGAAGCCAUUGGCUCUAUUCCAUUCGUCCAUUUUAUCCUUAGACCACCACCAGACGUAAAGCAACAAGACUCGUUCAAUAUGAUACCUUCUGCAGUUGGCGAUCGUCUCUUGGCGAACCUGCUGAAUCGAAACUUUCUACAAUCUCUGAAGCAAAUGGUCAUUGAUAAGGAAGAAGUCAACGCCCAGAGAGAGAAGCGGUUAUCCAAAUUAAGGGCAGAGCAAGAUUUAUCAAUCGAACAAAAUCGGAGUCGAAGUAACACAGCAAACUCAGGGUCUUCAGAUAAAUUACGUCCGUUUUCCCUUGGAAGCAACAUCUCCAACAGUGUCGAGACGGAUUCCACGUCCAAACAACCUCGCAAUUUGCCAUUUAUAUCACCAACAAGGAGACCAACACCCAGCAUUGAAACCCCAGAUUCACCGUCUACAUCCAGAAAUUAA